AUGAAGGUCCUCUUUUUGCACCCGGACCUUGGAAUUGGAGGUGCCGAACGUCUUAUUAUUGAUGCGGCAAUUGCAUUGAAAAAUAAACACCACGAUGUAAAAAUAGUGACAGCACAAUAUGACGAGUCGCAUGCGUUCAGCGAAACAAAGGAAUUAGAUGUCAGAGUUAUAAAACUCUUUCCGAGACACAUAUUGGGCAGAUUUUUUGCUCUUUGUGCGUACAUUCGAAUGAUUUUUGCUGCCAUUGCGAUUUGCCUAAAGAUGGAUUUUGAUGUCGUUGUUUGCGACCAAGUUUCUGCGUGUUUGCUGGUUUUCAAGCUGUUUUCAAGCGCCAGGAGGAUAUUUUAUUGUCAUUAUCCGGAUAUGCUUCUCACCGAAAGGAAAACGUAUUUGAAAUCUAUGUAUAGAUUUUUACUAGAUUCUUUCGAGGAGUGGACGACAGGGAUGGCUGAUAUAAUUUGUGUGAACAGUCAGUACACUGCCGGAGUUGUUCGUAGCACUUUUAAAUCUUUGAAAGAUCAUAAAUUAGAGGUCGUGUAUCCAUCACUCAACAUGAAAUAUUUUGACGAGAUUGAAACACGAACGGUUGAAGAAAUUCCUGAAGAUGCGAAGUUUGUAUUCAUGUCAUUAAAUCGAUACGAAGUCAAGAAAAAUGUCGCUUUGGCAGUUAAAGCCUACGCACAUCUUCGUCACAUUUUAUCUGCUACGGAAUUUGAUCAUACAUGUCUGGUUAUUGCCGGAGGAUAUGACAAGCUUAAUCAAGAAAACGUGACUUAUUAUCGUGAAUUGGUUGACCUUGCGUUGGCUAACGAUAUUCCAUCGCGACAUAUUGUAUUUCUCAAGUCUCCAUCUGAUCGAGAAAAGGCAUAUUUACUGAAACGUGCAACAGCCGUUCUUUAUACUCCGCACAAUGAGCAUUUUGGUAUUGUGCCCAUUGAGUCUAUGUACCUUGGCAAACCCGUAAUAGCUGUGAAUUCUGGAGGACCAAUGGAAACGAUUGACGACGGGAAAACUGGGUUCCUUUUGGAGCAGGCACCACAACAGUUUGCAGAAGCAAUGAAAACAAUACUACAACGAGAGGAUUUAAGAUUGUUGGCUGCCAAAGAGGGUCCAAAACGGGUGCAACGAUUAUUUGCUUUUGAGGCCUUUGCGACGCAAUUUGAUCGAAUUAUUCGCGGAUUGCCGGUUGAU